UACCGGAACAAGUGCGCGUGUUCUAAUAAACAAACGUGAAACAUGAGCAGCACCAUUCCGGAGAAAGUGCUAGCGUAUGAAACCUUUCUGAAUGAAACUCUUCGAGAAGAUUUGAGGAAAUUAUUAGAAGAACAAGAUAAACUCUAUGGACAGAUUGCAGAAUAUCUGCAGUUGAAGACAGUUAUAGAAAGAAUUCAGGAUACAGAUUAUACAAAAGAUGAACUGAAGACAAAAGUUGAUAUUGGCUGUAACUUUUAUGUACAAGCAAAUGUACCAGAUGCUUCCAGAAUAUAUGUCAGUGUCGGCUUUGGAUUUUUUGUGGAGUUUAAAAUGGAUGAAGCUCUCAGAUUCAUUGGUAAAAAGACAGCCAGACUAAAUGAUCAAGUUGAAAAGACGAGCAAGGAUGUUGCCAAAGUGAAAGCUCACAUUAAACUUGUCCUGGAAGGACUCCGGGAAAUGCAGGGAAUCGGUUCAGAAACUCCAACGCCAUUCAGGGAUAUCUUUAGUUGACCCAGGAAGUUACAGCUUCAAUUGGAUUUAAUAUUCCAUCCAUAUUGGACAGAAACCUGUGUACAAAGUGUCUGUCUUUAUCAAACUGGUCAUGUAUCACUAUGGCUAUAGUGCACAUGAGAGGGGGUAAUAAUGGGCAUAGAUAUAUUCCUGUUUCAUGGAAACUAUCUUGAAAAAUCCAUGUUCAUUCUAUAUGAAGAAAAUUACCUGAAAUGUAUCAUCAUCACAUUAAGAUAGGAUUUGAUCAAAAGUGACAGUUGAGUUUCACAGAGAGAUUUGAGCUCACAGGCAUGUACCCUGUUGACCAUGUGACACAACUCAAUCAGCACAGAAGCUAUCGUUGCAUAUUUCAUCAGGAUAUGAGUUAAUGCUUUGUUAUACAAUAAAUGUGUUAUUUUGUGAA